AUGGCCGCUCAGCCCGACAUCUCACAGAUUCUGGCCGCUCUGGCUGCCACCCAGAGGCCCCAGAGCACUCCGUCGCAAACCCCCCACCAACCGCCUUCGCAGGCCCAACCACCCCAGCCGCCGCAGAGCAUACCGCCAACCUACCCGACUUCCUACGUCACCCCGACGCCGCCCGCCGCCCUGUCGCCCUACGGCUUGCCCCAGCCGACGAAUUCUGGCAGCGUCGACCUGAGCUCCAUAAAGCCCACCAGCACUGGCUCCGUCAGCAUCGCCGAUGCGCUGGCGAAGGCGCGCAACAUCGCAGCCGAGAAAGGCCUGCAGCCCUACGAGGCCUCAUCUCGUGAGGAUCCCAGGCUAGCCGGUCGUCCCUACCGUCGAUCGCGCUCUCGGUCACGCUCUCCUCCUCGCCGCGACAACUUCCGCGACAACUACAAUCCCUACCGUGACGAGAGACGCGAAGACCGCCGCUACGGUCGCGAUCGUUCGCGCUCGCCCCCCUCCCACGGUCGGGACACCUUUUCCCCCCAGCGCGGCUAUGGCGGCCGUGACAGGUCGCCUCCCGACAGCGAGACCAUCACCAUCGAAUCGUCGCUCGUUGGUCUCGUCAUUGGCCGCCAGGGCGAGAACCUCCGCCGAAUCGAGCAGGACACCGGUACCAGGAUUCAGUUCGUCACCGGGCCCGAAGCAGGUGGUCCUCAGCGUCAGUGCAGGAUCACCGGGCCAAUGCGCUCUCGUGCAGAUGCUAAGAGGGAGAUCUACCGCAUCAUCGACGAGAACGGCGGCCAGGGCGCAAGAGAUGCAACCCAGAGGGCAGCAGCUGGCGCCAACAGACAACAGCAAAGAGGCAACCAGCCCGUGCUUCGCGAUGGCGAAAACAGCGUCCAGAUCAUGGUGCCCGAUAGGACGGUUGGCUUGAUCAUCGGUCGGCAAGGCGAGACGAUCCGAGACCUGCAGGAAAGGAGCGGGUGCCACGUGAACAUUGUGGGUGAAAACAAGAGCGUCAACGGCCUCCGGCCCGUCAAUCUCAUCGGCAGCAGAGAGGCUGCCACUCGUGCCAAGGAACUCAUCAUGGAGAUUGUGGAAAGCGACACGCGUCCUUCGGGGCCUCCGGCGAAGGAGCACGGACGUGGCAGUACCUUCGACCCGGCAGGGCCUGGUAAGAUUAACGAUUCCAUCGUGGUGCCGUCGGAAGCUGUCGGCAUGAUCAUUGGCAAAGGUGGUGAGACGAUCAAGGAGAUGCAGAACUCGACUGGAUGCAAGAUCAACGUGUCCCAGGCCUCCGGGGCCGACAUUGAGCGAGAAAUUGGCCUUGUCGGAACCCGGCAGGCGAUCGAAGAUGCCAAGGGGGCCAUCUGGGACAAGGUGGAUACAGUGCGUGAGAAGAAUGGCGGGGUAGGCAGUCGAGGAGGCCGUGGCCGUGACAACGAACCAUAUAAUGAGCGCUACUCACAAUCGCAGCAACAACAAGGCUACGCGCAGCAGCAGCCGGCAGGCAUGUCACAGCAGCAAGCUGCCGGGCCGGGAGGCGACGCUGCUGCUGCUGCGGGUGGAGCUGACCCCUACGCCAUGUAUGGCGGCUACCAGAACUACAUGGCCAUGUGGUAUGCGGCGCUGGCUCAACAGCAGCAGGGCCAGCCGGGACAGACGCCGGGCCAACAGCCUCCUGGAGCAUAG